AUGGCUCUUUCUGGUAUCCUGACAAAAGCUGAAAUUGCUGCUGGCCUACAGAGCUGUCAAGCUGCUGAUUCAUUCGAUUACAGAAUUUUUUUUUGUAAAGUGGGUCUCAACUCCAAGUUCAAAGAGCAGCUCACCAAAGUCUUCAGAAUUCUUGACCAGGACAAGAGUGGCUUUACUGAGGAAGAUCAACUGAAACUUUUCCUCCAGAAUUUCUCAGCCAGUGCCAGAGCUUUGACGGAUGCUGACACCAAGGCAUUCCUGGCAGGAGAUGAUAGUGAUGGAGAUGGUAAAACUGGAAUGGAUGAGUUUCAAGCUCUGGGCAAAUCUUAA